GGGCAUUUAAUCGCAGCACCAGGAUGAGGGCGCGUCAGAAUAGGAAGUUUCCGCGUCCAGCCCGUCCGAGCAGCAUGUCAACAGCGCGAGUCUGUGUCCUGUUGGUUGUGUUUUCUGUGACUUUAGCAGAAGAUGUGAACCUGAAAUCCAAACCAGUCCGGUUGUUUACCGAGGAGGAGCUGGAGAGGUUUGACGGCACGCAGGAGGGACAGCCCAUCUACAUGGCAGUCAAAGGUGUUGUGUUUGACGUCACCAGAGGAAAAGAGUUUUAUGGUAAAGGUGCACCAUACAACGCUCUGGUUGGGAAGGACUCCACUCGAGCUGUGGCUAAGAUGUCCCUGGACCCCUCAGACCUGACCUCUGAUACUGCCGACCUCACCGACGAGCAGCUGAAGUCUUUGGAUCAAAUAUUUGAGAGCACCUACAAAGCCAAAUACCCCAUCGUAGGUUACACAGCAGCACGCAUCCUCAACCAAGAUGGAAGCCCCAACAAAGACUUCAAACCAGAAAACCAGCCGCAUUUUCAAAUCAAAGAUGAGUUUUGAAUGUAUUUUAUCAGUUAUUGAGUGUAGUUGUGAUGGAAACCUUACAUUCAUCUCACCUGUUUUAUUGUUGGAACCAAAGAGCGACUCCUGUGGUCGAGUCCUCUGCUGCAGCUGGAUGUUUGGAGCUGAAUGGGUCUUUUACAGUUUUGUUGUAAAAUAAAAUGCUUUAAAAACCUAA